AUGAAGAUCACAGGGUUGUCAAGCAGAGGUGUAGAAAUGGACCCACCCCUCACAACUCCAAAUUUCCCUGUAGUGGUCAAGCUGGGACAUGCUCAUGCUGGAAUGGGGAAGGUCAAAGUUGAGAACCAGCACGACUUCCGGGACAUGGCCAGCAUAGUAGCCAUGGCAAAAACCUAUGCCACCACUGAGCCAUUCAUUGACUCCAAGUACGACAUCCGAAUCCAGAAAAUCGGCAGCAACUACAAGGCUUACAUGAGGACAUCCAUCUCUGGAAACUGGAAGGCAAACACAGGUUCUGCGAUGCUAGAACAGAUUGCAAUGACAGAGAGGUACCGACUCUGGGCAGAUGCCUGCGCAGAAAUGUUUGGAGGUCUUGACAUCUGCGCUGUCAAAGCUGUCCACAGCAAAGAUGGAAAAGACUAUAUCAUUGAGGUGAUGGACAGCUCAAUGCCCCUGAUUGGGGAGCAUGUGGAAGAGGACAGACAGCUUAUAGCUGAUCUGGUUGUUUCCAAAAUGACUCAGCUUGUCGUCACUGCUGGAUCUACACCAUCACCGCUGAGGCCUUGGCCUCCACAAGUUCAGCCUGUGUCAAUGAAAUCUCAGACAGGACCUCAGCUUGGACAACUGUCCCAACCACGGCCUCCUCCCCAAGGUGGACCACGCCAGCCCCAGGGAUCUCAGCCUCCACGGACAAAUGCGCCACCACAGCAGCGGCUCUCUCCUCAAGGACAGCAGCCCCAGAGUCCCCAGUCCACUUCACCCCAGCAGCAAAGGUCACCUGGAUCUCCACAGCAAGUUCGAUCAGCAACUGGGUCCUCUCCAGUCCAGACUUCCAAGGCAGGCAUGUUCCCUCCACAGCAGCCUAGACCUCCUGCUCAAGGACGGGCUCCUAGCCAGCCAAGCCCCACUGAAACAUCCAAGCAGCAAGCCACUCCACACCCGCAUCUGAACAAAUCGCAGUCCCUGACAAACACCUUCAGCAUAUCAGAAUCAUCUCAGCGGGGAAAUGCCAGUGAAGAUGAAGCAAAAGCCGAGACCAUUCGCAACCUGAGGAAAUCAUUUGCUAGCCUGUUUUCCGAUUAACAGCCUCGUAGCUGGAUCUGUGCUUUUGUCAGCCCCCACUCUUCAUAUUGGCAUACCUGAUGUCAUCCUGGAAUAUACUCAAUGGUACCCAGCGAUUUGCAAUUAACAUCUGGGUAAAGGGAAUUCAGAAAACUAUAGUUGUUUUAAUACAAAGAAAAUAUUCUAAUAACUGUCUGAAAAGUGACUGUAUAAAAGUGGCACUAUUUCAUUGGGUUUUGUGCAUUAUCAGAAUAACAUCUGUUCAAAUGACUGACCUGUAAAGCAAAUUUUAGUCUUGCUAACCCUUGUGGAGUCAGUGAAGUUAUGACAG